AUGUACAUAAUCUUCGUUUUUGUGCUUUCGAUAUCCGUGUUGGGGUUAUUCGGUAACGCAAUGGUUUUUUGGGCAGUGAAGAAACACAGGGACCUUCGAACGAAACAUGGUGUAUUACUAUCGUUUCUGUGCUUGUACCAGUCCCUGGUUCUACUGCUGGAACUAUUUUCGAGUAGCCGAAACCUUAUUGGAAAAAUAACCCAUCGCUCGGCAUGUUUUUACUCUCUUCUACCUCUGAGUAUUGCAGCCAAUAUCCAACUUACCCUAAUAUUCGUUAUAUCACUCGAUAUCAUAUUUUUAGUGGUCAGGCCAACAAAAUACAAUAUUAUUCAAGUCUUCCCUUAUGUAUAUUUGGUACAAGCUCCAUGUAUCGUAUCUGCUGCAGUUUUUCUGAUCAUGGGUGUUAUAUCUGUAGACAAUGAACGAAUUGAAGCAUGCAAUAUAUCGCUGUCAUACCCACAUAAAAUUCAUUUUUUAUGGAAUCUAUGGGUGAUUGGUAUUAGUACUGCUAUCAUGGCUGUUUAUACCGUCACCGCUUUAAUAAUGUGGUUUAGAGAUUGGCAGAAUGUUAGCAAAUUGGAGGGGUCCUGCGUCCUAGAUCCAUCUUUGCGUUACCAAAGAAAAAUGAUCAGAACACUUUCGGUGUUCAUUUCAGUGUUCUUCUGUUCGGGAUUUGCUAGCGCGAUUAUGAUUCUGUCAUCUAAACUCAUGUUGCAUAGUGAUUCAGAGGCUGUUGUGGAAUCUUACGCUACAAUUCCAGCAGUCAUCUCAUGUUCUCAAAACUUUUACGUGUACAAUGUAACCAGCAAAGACUUCCGAAAGGCAUUCAAGAAGAAUUUCAAUACGUUGUGGAAGUGGAAGAAUACCAAGUUCAGCCGUACAAAUCCUUUGUUUCAGAUCACAAUGUCUGGCCGAAAAUCCGCUGUAAAUGUGAUCACAAUGAAUACAAAUAGCUGA